CGAUUGGCGUCACGGCGCAUGCGCAGAGGUUUGUCUAGAAGCAGCGGCAGCAGCAUCCAGACCAGGCGGCAGCAAGACAGGAGUAGCUCGCAGCAUUUGACCCGAGCGCGAGACAGACUCAUGGUAGAAGGGGGACUAUUGUAAAGCGUUUCAUUCGGAGACAGCUGCAGCAAGAAGGAACCAAAUGGGAAAUCUUUUAAAAGUUCUCACUUGCACAGAGCUUGAUCAGGGGCCAAACUUUUUCCUUGACUUUGAAAACGCUCAGCCUACUGAUGGAGAAAGAGAAGUAUGGAACCAGGUCAAUGCAGUUUUGCAAGACUCAGAAAGUAUUCUUUCAGACCUCCAAGCUUACAAAGGAGCCGGACAAGAAAUAAGAGAUGCAAUACAAAAUCCAAAUGAUAUUCAGCUUCAGGAAAAGGCGUGGAAUUCUGUGUGCCCUCUAGUUGUGAGACUGAAAAGGUUUUAUGAAUUUUCUUUAAGACUUGAGAAAGCUUUACAGAGUCUCUUGGAAUCCUUAACCUGUCCACCAUACACUCCUACACAACAUUUAGAGCGGGAGCAGGCCCUUGCUAAGGAGUUUGCGGAAAUACUGCAUUUUACCCUUCGCUUUGAUGAACUUAAGAUGAGAAAUCCAGCAAUUCAAAACGACUUCAGCUAUUACAGGAGAACUAUAAGUCGUAACAGGAUAAACAACAUGCAUUUAGACAUUGAGAACGAAGUUAACAAUGAAAUGGCCAAUCGAAUGUCUCUGUUUUAUGCGGAGGCUACACCAAUGCUGAAGACUCUUAGUAAUUCCACAACCAACUUUGUGUCUGAUAAUAAAACCUUACCCAUCGAAAAUACGACGGAUUGCUUGAGUACGAUGGCCAGUGUAUGUAAAGUCAUGCUGGAAACACCAGAAUACAGAAGUCGGUUUACCAGUGACGACACUCUCAUGUUCUGUAUGAGAGUAAUGGUUGGUGUUAUAAUUCUUUACGACCACGUGCAUCCAGUUGGCGCAUUCUGCAAGACGUCCAAGAUCGAUAUGAAGGGUUGUAUAAAAGUUUUGAAGGAGCAGCCCCCAGAGUCUAUGGAAGGCCUUUUAAAUGCACUCAGGUUUACCACUAAGCACCUGAAUGACGAGUCAACUUCGAAACAAGUCCGGGCUAUGCUUCAGUAAAAUCCUACGAGUAUAGAGGAUUCUUUUACUGACCUCAGAAGAUGUAUAUGUUUACAUAAUUUAAUACAGAUUUGAUGUUAAUACUUAUGUGUAUUUACAUAGCCAUUACCUUACUGUCAUUGAAACGUAGACUUGUAUCCUUAACUUUAACCUGACUGAUUUAGCACAAACUGCAUUUAUUUCCACCCAUUAUAUCUGAUUUGCAAAAUGAACGGGAGGAAUUCCCUUUUUUUUGCUUGUUUUUUUUUUUUUUUGUAUUUUUGUGUAUGUUUUUUAACCAAAGUGCUUAAACAAUUCUUUAAAAUAGUGUGAAUUUGUUGGUUGUACCUGCUGUUUGUUUUUUUUUUUCUGUUUGUCAAAGUUUAGGCACUGCUGUUUUUUCAUUUUUUAGUUUUUUUUCUGUUACGUUUCCAGAUACAGGUCAGAUGCAUUAUAGUAUUAAAACGGUUUGCAGAGGCUAGUCCUAAAAGAAAAAGAAGAAAACCACAUAGAAGAGAAAUGCUAACAGCAGGGGGCGCUGUUUCCGUAUUGCACAGGAAUUCCGCACGUCUGGGUGGAACUCAACAGCUUUCACAUUUUAGAUUAUACUUCUGUAACAACCUUUUAUUUUUACCACUUCCCUAUUGACAAAAUGCCAGUUUCUUAACCCUUUGUGAGGCAGAGGUAUUUUACUUUAAAUGUAUCUUGUCGAACAGCAGGCUGACCUGUGGAUUAAUGCUGCUAACCAAUGCUAGUUCUGAAACCUUCCGUUCUACAAGAGUGUAAUAACCUUCAGUAUAUAAAGAGGAUCAUAUAUAGAUAUAUAUAUGUAUAUUAUUUUGCAUAUGCAAAUGUUUUGACUGCUGCCCCAUUGCAUUACCAAAUAAAUUGUCUUGUGAUUUUCCCAAAUGCUA